AGUAAACUCAAUUCAUUACUUCAUGGUCACUCUUAUACUGCACAUCCAAUUGGAUGUAUAGUGGCUAGCACUUCCAUUGAAGAAUAUGAAAAUUUGAGUAAAACUAGUAUUGAUUGGAAAAUUGGAAGAGAAAAUUGGAAUGUUAAUGAGGAAAAUCAAAUUUGGAGUUUGUGGAGUAAAGAGAUUGUGGGAAAAAUAUCAUGCUUAGAAAAUGUUGAAGGUGUAUUUGCAUUGGGAACACUAUUAGCAAUCGAAUUAAAGGAUGUUCAUAGUAGUGGUUACUCUUCGGAAGUAUCGUCAACGAUUAUAAAUCAACUUUCAAAUGAUUCUGACGAUAUUUCAAUUUUAGCAAGACCUUUAGGAAAUGUCAUUUAUUUAAUGACUUCAACGAUCAGCAAUAUUCAAAGUAUUAGAAAAAUGGAAGAAAAAGUUUUAAAAUGUUUAGAUAAAAAUUUAUAA